UCACGUGGUUUUCCAAUUGGUUAAAUUUCUUUGGACAACGAUUCUAGACAGACACUACACAUCAAAGGAUGAGUUAAACGAAAUCAUAAAUAAACCUUCUCAACUAAUAUUUGAUGCUGCUGAAGUUGGAAAUUUUGGGUUCUUAUCGGAGCUUAUUAGUGCCCAUCCAAGCUUGAUAUGGGAGAUGGAUAGCAAAAAUCGAACUAUAUUACACAUAGCUGUUUUGCAUCGGCAUGCUAGUAUAUUCAAUCUCGUACAUCAAAUAGGGCAUAUAAAGGAUGUCAUAGUGACAUUUGAAGAUGAAGACAGAAACACUAUAUUACACUUGGCUGCAAAAUUAGCACGACGAGGUCAACUUGAAUUGGUUUCUGGAGCAGCUUUUCAAAUGUGUGUCGAGUUAGUAUGGUUUGAGAAAGUAAAGAAGAUAAUGUUGCCAGCACAAAUUAAGUCAAAAAACUCCAAAGACAUGACUGCAGAAGAACUGUUCUCGAAUGAGCAUGAAAAACUAAGGGAAGAUGCAGAGUCUUGGAUGAAAAAAACUGCCGAGUCUUGUAUGCUAAUUUCAACAGUCAUUGCUACUGGAGUGUUCGCUGCUGCAACUACUUUACCAGGUGGUACCGAUGACACAGGAAAACCAAACUACUUGAAGAAACCAUCAUUCUUGGUGUUUGCAAUAUCAGACACAUUUGCAUUUAUCUCAGCUUCGACCGCGAUAUUGAUAUUCUUGUCUAUUCUUGUAUCGCGUUAUCGAGAGUAUGACUUCUAUAAAUCACUGCCUUUAAAGCUAAUAUUUGGAUUGAUCACAUUAUUCAUCUCCAUAACAAGCAUGAUGGUAGCAUUAAGUACUUCCUUCUUCAUAAUAUACUACCAUGGUUCGAUGUGGAUUCCUAGUUGCAUUACAAUACUUUCCUUCCUCCCAAUACUUUUGUAUAUACGUUUGCAAUUUAAAUUGUUUUCUGAUAUCAUUUACUCAACCUACUAUUGGAAGACUCUAUCUAAGCUUGGUAAAAAUAUGAUUUAUGUACUAGAGAAGUAGAGGAUUAUUAUUGUAGUGUAUAUGGAAUUAUAUUCUGUUACUAGAAGUCGUUGAUGUUAUAUAACAUUAUGGAAUAAUCUAGUUUUUAUGUAUUUAUUUACUUGCUUUUCUUUAAGAGUGGUUUAUUUUACUCUGUACUCUUU